CUUCACUGCGCUCAUUCGCGGUUCGAAAGUGACGCUUGGUGCGUGUGCGUGUGCGCGCUCGGAGACGUGUGACACGAAAUUCGCUUUGCUCCGCCGUUGCUGCCUACGCGCGUGCGGUCGACGUCGUCGUCAUCGUCGGUGCCGGUGACACCGCAUCAGCGCUUCCAAUCGAGGAGGCCACGCCGUCGCUGGACGCCAGUCCACGCCACGUCUAUUGAUCCACUUCAAGGCUGCGGUGAGCUCGCGCCGUUCCGGCGGUCCCGGCGGCAACCACCAGGAAGCGGCGUCGUAUCGUCGCCGGUAGGCGGAUAGGCAGAUCCGCCGAGAGGUGUAAGGGAAGACUGUCGCCCGGCAUCUAGGUCCCGUCAGGCAGCGGACCACCACAGCCGGCGAUGCCUGCACCGACGUCAGCGGCGGGUGCGGCCGAGGCCGGCCCGCCCCGCACCGAACUGCAGGAGUUACAGCUCAAGGCCGGUCAGACUACGGAUGAAUCUCUGGAGAGCACGAGGCGUAUGCUGGCGCUAUGCGAGGAGAGCCACGAGGUCGGGAUGAAAUCCCUCGUAAUGCUGGACGAGCAAGGCGAACAGCUGGACCGAAUCGAGGAGGGCAUGGACCAGAUUAAUGCCGACAUGAAAGAGGCCGAGAAGAAUCUCACCGGAAUGGAGAAGUGCUGCGGCCUUUGCGUUCUUCCCUGUAACAAAGGCGCCAGCUUCAAGGAAGACGAAGGUACGUGGAAGGGCAACGACGACGGCAAGGUCGUGAACAACCAGCCGCAACGGGUGAUGGAUGACCGCAACGGUCUCGGACCGCAGACCGGCUACAUCGCCAAGAUUACGAACGACGCGCGCGAGGGGGAGAUGGAGGAGAACAUGGGCCAGGUGAACACGAUGAUCGGCAAUCUGAGGAACAUGGCGAUCGACAUGGGCAGCGAGCUCGAGAAUCAGAACCGGCAGAUCGACAGGAUCAACCGCAAGGGCGAGUCGAAUGAAACGAGGAUAGCCGUGGCGAACCAACGUGCGCACGCCCUGCUCAAGUAAAAUGCGUCUUCUAUCUGUCUCCACGUAUCCGCCUCCUCCGAGCCCCAAGUUGCAUAUCGCAGAGACGUCGUCGUCUCGAGCAAAGAAAAAAAAAAAAAAGCAAAGAAAGAAAGAAGUGGAGAUUAUACGCGCGUACUUAUGUGUAUUAUACGUGUAGGGAGGCCUGAGCACACGCGUGAUCUCGGGGCUGGGAUUAUAUUCGGCGGGGAGGCGCGAGUCAGGCGGUAGAUACGCCAAGUGCUAAAUUAUAUAAAAUCCACGCGCCUCGGUAUCAGCUAUCGAAUCGAAUUACUUGAAUUGUUGAUUCGACAAAUGGGUUUAACGCACAGUGACGUUGUAUACGCGCACGGAUAUUAUUCGCACCAAGAGGUAGAGAAGGAGAGAGAGAGAGAGAGAGAGAGAGAGCUGUAUCAGCGAUAUACAUAUCCGAAUAUAAUAUUCAAUUAUUGAAGCACGGCCGGGGGCGCAAUAAUAUUGCAAUUGAUACGCGGUAUUUAGCGCCGACGAAACGUCGGGAUAUCGGAUUAUUCGAAUAUUCCCAGUUCCGCGAACGCGCGAGUACCCCAUCCGUCCUCCCGUUUCCCACAUAUUGCUGUUGUUUUCUCGUCGUCGCCCGGGCACCAACCCGAUCCGCUAGCAACCUGUGCAACAACGAAAAACUACCACCACCAAAUGAUUACUACCACUUCUACUACUUCUAUCGCUACUACUAAGCUUUUCGACGAUGUACAGUGAACAGCCGCUCGAUAGCCGCGGUACACGAAAGAGCUUCUCGGUGGGAAUGGUCGAUCUGGUAUUCGCACAGCCGGCCGGUGCGAAGGAAUAUAAACCUUGCCGGUGAACUCUCUCACGAAAAAAGAGAAGAAAAGAAAAUCUCUGUCAUUUUCACGAGUCAGAAGCGACGGGUGUUGCUUUUCUUCCGGAGAAGAGAUCGACUCCAGAUUUGCGAUGGAAAGAGAGAAAGAGAGAGAGAGUCCGUCGCUGAAAUUGCCGAGUGCACCUCGAGUAGCUCGAGUUUCGCGCUGACGAGCGUGACACUGAGAAACGACCGGUGUGUCCCGUCUGUUAAUCACGGACGGACUAAUGGAUCUGGAGUCGACCGAAGAAAAUUCGCUUGCCCUCCUUCAGUAAUUGCCACAAUUAACCCUCCGUAGAACAUCUGGGUCUUUCUUGGCACUCGCGCAAUUUCACUCUCCGAUUUCACCCUGCUCAAAUUACAAUUUUUAUCAAAUAAAGAUUCUAACCCGUUUGAGUUAAACAAUUAUUGGGUAAUGUAGCAGAGAUUUUGAAAAAGUAGACUCUCUAGACUUUUUGAAAGACUAGAGCUAGUAAUAAAGUUUGAACGACAUAAAAAAAAUAUCCAGAUUGCCUGCGGAGUUGGUAAAAAUAUGAUUGUGUACGGAGAGGCUUAAUAAUGCAACACAGUCUCGACUGACAAUCUAAUAUUCAUAAAUUUCUUCUCUCGUUGUCUAAAAGAAUAGAGGAGAGUUGCGAAAUGCCACUUGAGCUAUAAUUUUUAUCUUAUUUCAUAUUUGGUGCUGUUUUGAAUGCAAAUCAAAAUUCGAAAGUAGCUUGAUGAAUCAAAACUCGAUUGUAUCUAUUACUACAUGUUAAACUUUUCAGUAACAACAAAAUUAAUUCGUCAUAAGCUUUCCUGUAACAUGAAAAAUAUCGAAUUUAUGAAUCAAAAUAAUUAAAAAUACAUGGCAUCACUAAUUAAUACUUAUUUCAUUAAUAAUUUUGAAAACCGAAAAAGCGACCAGAUAUUCCAUAGUCAAUAAAUAACAAUAAUGAAAAGCACACCGAAAUAAAACUGGCUUGAAUUUAUUUUUGCAAUUGUAAAUAUGUACAUAUAAUGAAUGGAAAACAUUCUGUAACAAGCCUUCCUUUAUAACAAUAUAACAGUUCAAUAUAAAAAUAUGUAAUUGUGUGUUAUCAUCAGCUAUAUAAAUUGAUGAAAAAUUUACAUCGGAUGUACCUGAUUUUCUAAAAUGCUGAUAGCACGCACAAAACAAGAUGACUUAAACUUGUUAAAUUUUUGUCUACAUCACGUACCGCUAUUUCUUAUUUGUUUUUUAUUUUUGUCACUAAAUGUCGCUUAUAUGAAGCAAAGAUAUAAAAUAUUGAAGAAGCAGGCUUUAGGAGACCGCCAAUCAUUCAGCAACUCUCCCCUGAUCCUAAGACGAUUUGCAAAUCGCGUCUCGAUAGAGAUUUCGUUUGGACGGCGAGCAGAAGCGCGACGUUACCGCGGCUACCGCGAGCGGCAAGAGCAUCGCACUGGGAUGUGUCAUCGUUCCCUCGUGUACACACACGUUGUUACAAGGCCCAUUACACGCGCUGUCGUUGUGAUUGUACUCACGAACGGGCGUCGCCGCCGUUGUCGUCGCCGUCGACGGCGACGGCGACGGAGUGCCUCUUGUUGAUCCCUUUGAGCCCCCGUGUCAGGACUGCACCGUUCUCGAUCGCUCUCCGCCCUGAUGCUCCCCGGGGUCGAUCGGGUUAACACGCUUGACACGUCGCCGCGGAGCAGCAUGCGAAUUUCAUCCUUCCCGGUGGUUCGCACGAAACCGCGCGGCUAUAUUGACUAUUAUUAGCGGUCACGACGCGCGCGGGGACCUGAGAGAGACCAGGAGCUUCGAGAUUCUCGGAGAUUUUUCCGCGUGGCUCCUGACGCAUACGCAGUUGGAAAAUUUAACAUAUUGCAUGUUCCAAACGGUCCGCUCAAAUUUUUGGGUUUUAUUUUACACAAGACGAAUAUGUUGGAAAGUAACAUAAAUAUUAUGUGCAAAAUUAACGCCAGAAGUGUAAUACUUAUGAGAGCAUAUUUCUUCAGGAAAUUAACGUUGUAUUUUGUUUAUUUUUCUUUUAGAAUUAGCGUUUCAACACUUAAUUAUUUUUAUGUUAUUUAAUCAUUCACAUAUAAAUUGUAUUAUUUUUGACCCUAUCAAAUAUAAAUACCAAUUUAAAUACGAAGUAAUUAAAUAAUUACGUUAUGUUAAAUUAAUACUUGGAUAUAUUAAAAAUUCAAUAACCAUUUUAACAAGGACCACUUUAUUAUAAAUACAAAAUGUUUUCUGUUAUGUAUGCAAUUGGAAAAUUUAAUAUAUCACGUAUUCAAACGAUCCAUUCAAACUGGAUUAAUUUAACACAAGAUGAAUAUGUUAGAAAAUAAUGUUGUGUACAAAAUUAACACAAAAAAUGUAAUGCUUUGAUACAAUUUGUAGAAGCAUAUUUCUUCAGUAAAUUAACGUUUAUAAUACGUUGACGAGUACAUUUUAUUCAUUUUUCGUGAAUUAGCGUUUCAAAACUACAUAAUUUUUUUUUAUUUAUUCGUUUAUUCGUAAAUUCUAUUAUUUAACGUAAAAUAUUUAAAUAGUUCUAUCUAAUCACAUUAUAUUAAAUUAACACUCGACUAUGUUAAAAAUUAAACACAAAAGUUUUAACGAGGACCAUCUUAAAAUACAAAAAAUGCUUUCCACUGUGUAUAUAUAUGUGUGUGUGAUCUUUUCGCGAUCGCGCGCGAAGAAAAAGGAAUUUUGUUGUCUCCGUUUGUUCGAGUUGCCAGAAAACAAAUGUCGGAUACAAUGACGGAUUAUCCGGCGUUAUCUACGUGGUUUCUUUCGUUGGCAGGAUAGAAGAAUACAGAAAGAAUUCGUAGCCGAGAUAGAACAAUUCCGUUCCUGUCCGAAACGCGUUUUGCUGACCGUCGUCGCUCCGACGGCGGAAUAGGAAUCAAUUCGUCAUUAUAGCGCGUAACGAUUCGCGAAUUCAGCGAAAGGAUUUUCGAAUGAGAUUCGUUUUAACGUUCCUUCGUCCGUUCGUGCUAACGCUGACGAAAAUUCGCUGCGUCAACGGGAAACACUCUCCCGGAACGUCAAAUUGAUAUUCCCGCGAUCGAUCCUGGUUUCCUUCUUCGCCACGAAAACGCGUCGACGUCACGAGCGGCAAAUCAUCCGAGAAUCUUUCAGCUCCUGCGAGGUCCUCGAGGAAAAAGAAAUGAUUUCGCAGUUGUUAAGGAACUUGCAGCGGUUCCGAUCCCCGGAAGCCUAGAUCCGCAACCGUCGAUCGGUCGUCGACGUCCGCAGCUCGCGCAUACGACAUUGCGUUCUUGUUUUUUUCUUGUUCUUUGACACGCAGGGCGAAUCGAACGAGACGAGGAUACAGGUGGCCAACGAGCGAGCCCAUCAGCUACUCAAGUAAGCGGCCACACUCUCUGUCGACCAUCCGCACCCCGUCGGCCGCUACGAGCGUUACUACCAUCACCCUUCACCACCACUACCACCAACAACAACACAACAGCAACAACAACAUCGACACCAACAACAAUCAGCACAAUUACACUCGACAGCCCACUCGAUCGUUUGCUCGCGGUCUUUAUCGCGUUUCGUCUGUUAGAACGUUAUCUUCGUUCGCGUUCACCGAUACCGAGUCGACCGGUACCUUUCGAGUUCGGUGUCGUCGGAACACGUUAAUACUUAAUGAAAAUACUUAACCCUAAACUUGACUGAGUGGAUUUCCGUUUUUGUUGUGUCUUUUUCUUCGUUCGAAGUAAGAGGCUGUGCGACCAAAAAUCGUCGCGAAGAUACGUCAAUAUACUUCGGGCAUUCGGCCGUAUGAUUCCUCUCGAGUUGUUACGAGUGCGCUCCGAGUGGCGCGGCUGAGGGUAUAACCGACGUUAAAGGAAAAAUAAACGUCGAAUUUGUUGAUACUGGUGAGUGUCUGUUGCAUUUCCUUCGCACAACGCGUAAUCUUUGGACUCUCAUUUCCUUAGCUUUCGCAAGUUUAGGGUUAAUAUACGCCGAAGCAGAAUCGCGCGUUUACGGAUUCGGAGAUUGAGUUUGAUUUUCGGAAUUGGGAAUUUGAACGUAGCAAGUCCGGUUCCUGAUUUAGCGUCGAAGGCAUCCGAUCUAAUUAUCCGUCGAACUUCAACCUCGUUAGUCUCCCGCGCGCUCGGCAACCGUAAAUUAGAUUUAAUCUCCGACGCGUGGCUUUUUGUCCUUACAAAAUGGCAAUAAUUCGCCGACGAGGAGCUUCGAGGAGCACUCGAAGCGAGCGUUUCGUGGCGUCAAUGCGGCUAAUCGGUCAUCAAAGCUGAAUUAAAAAAUAGAAAGAAAAAAAACGGAUCUCUAACUUAAGAUUAACGGAACAGUCUCAUUGUACCGCAUCACAACGAAGAAGCCGAUGGAAUUUUUCUCUAGCGUGGCAAGAGCGUCGGAGUUAUCGCGUAGUUUUAAAGAGACGGAGCUGAAAUCCAAUCUCUGGCUCGCGGGAACGAGCAGCCUCGUUCUCUUUGCCGGCAGAGUUAGCGCGUUGAACCAUGUUGGAACUUAAGUAAAAGAAUUAUAUAUAUAUAUAUAUAUAUAUAUAUAUAUAUAUAUAUAUAUAUAUACACCUCUCGUUAGUCACACAUGUACACAUACACAUACCGGGGAAAUUCAAAAAUGCACGAAAAAUUGCAGCGAUCAAUUCUAUUCUCCCGGUUUGACCGGCUCUAGAGAGAAAGAGAGAGUCGGGCGGGACUGUAUUGGAAACGCAGGAAACAAAAACGGAGCAACAAAAAAAAAACAAAUACGAGGAAGGAACAAGAUAAUAGUACAAAAAUUAUUACACUUAUCUCCCGUUAGAGGGAAAGAAAAAAAGAUUUCGAUUAUAAGCUUUUAUUAUUUAUUUGUCUCAUCGUGUAUUGCCGCUCUCCGCGAUUACAACCUGCGCUUGAGGAUCAACACUCGAACGUGUCAGCGAAUACUGUCUACAAGCGAAAGAAGCACGACACACUGAUCUCCCUCUCCCUCGAGUCUCCCUUCGAAACGCAGAGAGGGGGAGGGGAUUCCGUUGUUUUCUCCCCUUCCCUCCCGAUCGAUUACCCGUAGAGAUUCCCGAGAUUCGGUAUCGAAUGGAUUUCGAGAUCGUUUUUCGCGAAUUUCGCCGGGCGUGCGAAAGAUACGCGGAGAGAUUGCGGCGACUACCUUGGAGGAGGAAGGGAGUGGAAUCCACGCGAGCGCGAUGGACGAGGGAGCAGAGGAACGAGGGUGAAAGAAGAGGACGAAGUAGGAGAAGAAGAAGAAGAGGACUUUUUACAUGGCGAGAUAACCGAAGCAACGAAGAGAACGCGUUCAGCCACACGAUUAUUAGGAGUCAACUGAAGCUGUAGAUAGAGCGAGGUCUUCUUUCGUCGUUAAAGAGAAAAAAAAAAGCUCGACUCGCACUCGACAACGUAGAACGUAGGUGUUACUCCCCCUUGCCCCCUCCCCCUGUCCAGCCCAGCUCACCCGUCCCCCAAUUCUCCCCUUUUGCGCCAAUCGCGCCGAGAUCACAGUAAGGUUUAACUCCAAAGAAAGAUUGUACAUUACUGUAUUUACACGAGGGCGACGUACCUACCUUGUUAAAUCGUACGAUGAGAAGAGGCGGUCGGUAGAAAAGCCUUUCGACACGCGGCUCGAGAAUCGGCACCUGUCGGCGACGUCCUGGACGACCGUCGUGAACCCGGAAUGAACUUUCGUGGACCUUACUAAACACAGCGGGAUUGCGCGAGUGGUCCCCUCGCGUGGUGAAUCUCUUAGGGUAAAUCUCUCUUAAUUGGUAUCGCGACGGCAAUUUUUAAGGGGUAAUACUCUCGGACCGUAGUAUUCGUCGUAACACAAUUUUGUAAACUACUAGUCUACCGGUGCGCCACAAAUUACGAGAUCCGAGGAUCGUCGAAGUCCUUGCGAUCUGUCGCGACCCUUCGUCCCUUCCAACGCGCUGCACUUUUUGAGACGCCAAGGGAAUCGGAUCGGAUUCACAGCUCGAGAUGUUAAUGAUGACGAUUGACGUUCUUUUCACGCCUCUGGUUUCCGAAUCAUAGAGAAAAAAAAAAAGAGCGACAUUUACGGGUAAAGUAACCAGAAGAUGGGUGUCGAUGUCGAGCGGCGCGGUCAGUAAAGAUCGAGCACAAAAUAAAUAACUGCGUAGCCUUUUCGAUUUCGCUUGUCCUUUGCUUUCUCUCGGAGAGGGAAGAAAAACAAAACGCCCUUCGGACGCUUCGCCGGACGAACGUGCUACAAGAGGAGUGAAAGGGUUCGUACGAAUUUCGAGAAUGAGAGAGAGAGAGAGAGAGAGAGAGAGAGAUGAAGAACGAAAAAAUAAAAGUGCGUGUGAAAAAGAGAGAGAGAGAGAGAGAUUGUGCUACGACGCGAGAUCAUUAGGCCUAUAGUGAUCACUUAGGUCGAGAGAGAUUUUAAAUAAUUAUAAAUAGAUGUGGGUGCGUGAUGUACGUGCACGAUCGCUGUUCCAUUUCUGCCGCGUCGUUCCUCGACGAUGGGAUCUUCCCGACCGGUCCUGAAGCGACGACUUGCCUUCGACGACGGCGGUCGAGCCGCACCGAUAGCUUUCGAAAAACGCGAAAUACUGAGUUAGAAGUUAGAAAGUUGCCGAUGAAAUUCUUUGACAUUCGUCGUCGGGGAGAAGACCGACCUUCGAAAAAUCUAGAGUCGGGAAAGCCGACGUUAAAGAGCAACGUGGAAACCGAACGUGGGACGACCGGUGCGCAUACAUCACCUAUUUGCAUAUAUAAAUAUAUACAUACAUAUAUUUAUGCAUAUGUAUACAUAGUCGUGUAGGGAGCGAACGCGGUGAGCCCUUUCUUAAAUAGUUCCAGGUAGAAGAGUCGAGAGUUGCGAAAGAAGGCUACUUCAAACGAACGAGCGAGCGAAAGAGAGAGAAAGAGAGAGCGAGCGGAGAGUAUCUUUAUUACAUAUUAUACAUAUAUUAUAUAUAUAUAAAUAAACGAGUAAAAAUAGUUAUAAAUAUAUACAUACUUAUAAAUAUAUAAAUAUAAUACGGGAUCGAGCAAUAUUGUACUUGUUAAAUUCGUCGUUACUGUUUAUCACCGCCUAUUGCGAGACUACGUACUUAUUUUACGAGUAUUAUCCACGCCCCUCCUCCCCCUUAUUAUUCCCCGUCUCCCACCCCCCGGCCCCUCUUUAUCCCGACGAUUAAGUCAUAUCGAAUCUGCAGGUCUAUGUGGUACAUUUUAAACACCUACUCACACAAACGUACACACAAAUAAUGUAUAGAUACAGGCAAUUAGGUAGAUAGAUCAGAGUAGGGAUACGACGAUUAAAAACUAACGGAGUGAGGAGGAGAUAAAAAAAAAGAGUGCGUAUGUGCGUAUGUGAGAAUGAGAGAGAGAGAGAGAAAGACAGAGAGCGAAAGAAGGAUCUUGCGCUAACGAGAAUAAUGACGCGAGGGAUGAAGAGCGCGUGAGGUGCGGAGGAAAUCCGGAGUUUAAAAUAAAAAUCAAGCUCUUUGUAAAUGCGCGGAGUGUGCCGGAACUGUCGGAUGCGCCUGCCCCCAAAAACUAAUCGGGACGAAGGAGCUUUCCCUUAAGAAAGUGUUAAAAAAAAAAAACACUGAUUAGCUGUAUAAGUACCUGAUGAUGUUUCAUCAGUUUUCAUCAGUUACUGAUACAAUCAAUCAGUUUUUUUUUUCUGAAGGAUAAAGCUCCUUCGCUUUUGGAUACAAUCUCAAGCAAAUCCUAGUAUUUUAAAUCGUUUAGCUUCGAUGAAUUUGGUCUCAAGGACGCGGAUAAGAUUGAUAAAAAUUAGUAGUUGGCAAUCUUAUUGUUAGAUUGAGUUGUUCCAAGAUCAACUUCUAAUUAACUCAUGGAUUAAUUAAUCGUUUUCGUCUCGGGAUAUCCGUCGUCCGCUUCGAGAUACGUCAGGUGAAAAUUGACGAGACGAUAAUAACGCGCGAGUCCUCUCAAAUUAGAGAGCGAGGUCUUCACGGCCGCGGAGAGGCGUCCGACAGAUCCGAGGGCGCUCUGUAUACGAACACGGAAACAAUAUUCCAUAUCUCCUAAGCGACAAUUACGUACCUUGACAUAGCUAAUCGCAUCGAGAGUUAACGUUAACGGAGAUCGAAAGAGCUCCAGCGGAACUGCCGGCAAUGUGAUAUGCGGCCUCAAUCUGCGACUAGAGGCGUAAAACUUUCGGGAAUCGAUGCUGUGGCACGAGAUCGAGUCCAGCUUUUACAUCCGAUCGGCGUUAGAAUAUCACGUUUCAAUAACAGUCUUAUAUUAAAUAGACUAAAUUUAACACAACUAAAUUUUUCCUUCUCAAUUAGAUACCGAAAUGUGUUUAAAAAAUAAAAAAAGUCUGUAGCUUUCCUUCUCUUUGAUCCUCAAUCUUGUAGACUUUAUGAAAUUAAUUGAUCUAGAGUAUUUGAUUGGGUUUCGCCGUCGGAACUCGUUCCAUCGAUCGAUUCCUGCUUCGGAAAUGUGCGUGAAGGUGCGAGCCACCUUCGCGUGUACUUACCGCGAAAUACGAGUGCGAGAGAGAGACAAAAUGUACUUGGGACCACCAUGCAGACGUGCAAGGUGUCGUGGAGGGCAAUCUUCGAGGCACUCGUGCAAUCCGUAUACAGUAGAACGGCGACGGAUGUAAAGCGAAAUGAGAACGGGAAUGAGGAUCGCGGCGCAUGGUAAAACGCAUUUGUAAAUUGUAAAGUUACUGACGUAAGCAGGGAAAAAAAAGACGGGACACGAGACCAGCUUCUCUCUUUUUAGUACUGAUUAUAAUGUCGCUAGAUGUUAUUUACGAUACCGUCGUAUAAAAAAAAGAAAAAGAAAAAAAGAAGUUUUACUCCUCGGCAGUACCAUUAUAACAAAUGCCUGUGUAUUUUACUUCUUGGCAAUUAAUAAACCUUUAAGUAUUGUA